AUGGGUGCUCUUGGCUUGGCCGAGGCCCAUUUUGACGGAGACGAAGGUGACGAUGACUGGUACCGCUUGUCCACGAUGGUGGAUGAGGUGCUGCGGGAAGAGGAUGGACGUUCGCACCAGCUGAUGAGAAGGAUGUGGCACAUGAUGCAGACCUGGGAGCAGCAGCGGCAGCGGCUGCAGCAACAGCUGGACGAGGCGGUCGAGCAGGCCCAAGCUCAAAGCGAGAAGCUUGUGAUUGCCGAGAGCGCCCGCCUAGCGGCAGAGGCGGCGGAGGCAGCCUCGGCAGAGAAGCUGGAGGCCGCGGAGCGGCGCCUCGUCCAAGGCCGGGAGGCGUUGAAGUGCAAGGACCAGGAGCUGGAGGAGGCUGGGGAGCGAGUCGCGAGGGUUCGGUCGAACGGCGCAAAGCGCGGCGCGGGUGGUUUUGACAAGGCGCGGAGCCGCUGGGACCUGCUGGAGGCGGAGCUGCAGGACGCGCGGCGGAUGGCGCGCCAGGCCGAGGCAGAGCGGGAGUUCGGGGGGUUUGGCUUGGGGAUCUCAGAUUUGGGUGAUUUGGGUGGGAUGGCCCCCCUGCUCCUUCAGGGGAGGAGGCUGGGUGAGGUGAAGUUGCGACUUUGCUGCUUUGUGGUGAAGAGGAUCGCUGUCAUUUCUUUGUGCUCCUCCGCUGAGCCUUUGAAGCUGAUGAGCGUCAAGGUGUCGCCACAAAUCCAAGUGGCCUGUGCCUCCUGGUGCCUUGCGUCGUGGCAGCAAUUGCGAAGGCUGCGAAGGCAACCAAUGACGGAAUCAAUGCUUCCUUCCUUAUUCAUGUCGGCAGAGGUGGGAAUCCCGGUCACAAUUUCUGCCGGAGUUGGGGUGCUCUACCACAUCGAUCACAUGCUGAGGACCUUCUUUUGGUAUCUGACCUUCAGCUUCUUCAUCGUCAUGGCAGUGCCCGCCUGGCUGCUGACCUCCGGGAAGGUCUGCGAGAGCGCCGUGGAGGACGAGCUCCAGCGCCUGGGCCCCGCCUUUGUCUGCGGCUUCACGGAGACGUUUGUCUUCAUGUGGACAAUGGUGGCUGGCCUGUUGCAUGCCUACUUGGUCUACGUGGUGUGGUCAGCUGCCGAGGAGAUCUCAGAAAUCCCUUACAACUCUGUGGCGCUCACUGCCUACGCCAGCAAGAUGCAGUUCAUGGCGGGCCUGGCGCCUCCGCCGGCCCAGCCGGCGCCAGUGCCUGUGAUGACAUCUGGCAACAACCCCUUUGCAUCGCUUGCGCCCUCCGAAGCCCACAGCUACGGCGCGCCGGAGGAGGGCCCGCUGACCGCCCGCAGCGCCAGUGCUCGCAGCGGUCGGAGCGCUCCUAGCAUGCGCAGCAUGGGCGCUGGAGGCAACCCUCAGAGCUUCUUUCCCGCACCGACCAGUGGCGCAGAUUUCCAGUCUGAGAUCCAGGCGACGCCUCCAGAGGCGGAGGCUCCACAGGAGCUGCCGCAGGUCCCGACGAGCCAAACGGGGGACGGAACUCCGCAGAGCUUCUUCCCCGUGCCGCAGAGCGACGUGGACUUCCGCUCCUCCAUUUAA